UGAAACUGAAACUAAAACGCUGCCUCUGAAAAUAUCUGAAAACAGUCCAUUCAGUGGACAGGAUCUUCAUGAAUUCGGGGACUUGCCAUCUCUCACCUUUUAAUUAAUAGGUAGGUUAUAGAUUAAAAAACAUUUAGAUUACAAAAAAUGAUGCUUAGAACGUGCGUGUUCGCUAUGGCCGUAGGUCUAUGCAUUGACAUAACCACAUUGGCUUUUGGCGCAUCUAUUUCCCAAACUGGAACAAUAACUUUUGAUGCUUUCGGGAAUGUGGUGCGUCUAUGGGUUGUAGCGGGGAUUCGGUUAGUUUUACUACUCGGUUUAUCGCUACUCACACUAGGAUCGAUAAAACCCGUAUUCAAGCGCUGGUUAGCGGUGCACUGUUUCCUUGCCCCGGUCUAUGAGACUGGGCGACUUAUGCUGUAUGGAGGUUCACCGGAGCGCGUUUAUGGAUCUUUGGGUCUGGGGAGUCCAAGUUUGUGGCUAUUGUGUACCGUGGCAGCAGCUGCAGCAGCCUUAUUUUGGGAGACAACCUUCCCUGACAGCAAUGGAGAAAGCAACGGGAAACAGAAGACGCAGAAGGCACGAGUGCUGUUCAUGAGAGUCCUCAUCUUCUACAGACCUGACAUCCUCCUUUUGGUUGGGGCAUUUAUAUUCCUGUCACUGGCUGUCCUCUGUGAGAUGUUCAUCCCAUUCUACACUGGAAAAGUGAUUGACAUCUUGGGUACCCAGUACAAGUGGAAUAACUUUCUCACAGCUAUCAUCCUCAUGGGGCUUUACUCUUUGGGAAGCUCUUUCAGUGCUGGCUGUCGUGGUGGCCUCUUCAUGUGUGCCAUCAACAGCUUCACCUGCAGAAUGAAAGUGAAGCUGUUUGGGGCCCUGGUGAAGCAGGAGAUUGGCUUCUUUGAGACAAUCAAGACAGGUGACAUCACGUCCCGGCUGUCCACAGACACCACCCUGAUGGGCCGGGCGGUGGCCCUAAAUGUCAACGUCCUACUGAGGACCCUCAUUAAGACCGUGGGUAUGCUGUCGCUCAUGAUGAGCCUGUCCUGGAAGCUCACUCUGCUCAUGCUGAUGGAGACGCCCAUCACCGGCCUGUUGCAAAGCGUCCAUGACAACUAUUACCAGAGGCUCUCUAAGGAGGUGCAGGACUCUAUAGCCAGGGCGAACGAGGCAGCGGGGGAAACAGUUGGCGGAAUCCGGACCGUACGAAGCUUCAAAACUGAGCAGCAUGAGGCUGGUCGCUAUAACGACAGGUUGAUGGACACCCACAAUCGCAAGACCAGGCGGGACACCGUCAUGGCAGUCUACCUGCUCCUGAGAAGACUAACAGCAGUGGUAAUGCAGGUGGCUAUGCUGUACUAUGGCAGACUGUUUAUCCAGCGAGGUCAGAUGAGCACUGGGAACCUGGUCUCUUUCAUCCUCUACCAGUCUGACCUGGCAGACAAUAUCAGGACUUUGAUUUACAUUUUUGGCGACAUGCUGAAUUCAGUGGGGGCAGCUGGUAAGGUGUUUGAGUACCUGGACAGAGAGCCCCAGGUCAGCACCAAGGGGACACUCCAACCAGAGACCUUGACUGGACACGUCCAGUUCCACAACCUCUCCUUCUCCUACCCUACCCGCCAGGAACGCAAAGUACUGCAGGGCUUCUCUCUGGAGCUGAGGCCGGGUCAGCUGACUGCUCUGGUGGGGCCAUCAGGAGGGGGGAAGAGCACCUGUGUCAGUCUGCUGGAGAGGUUCUACCAGCCUCAGCAGGGAGAGAUCCUAUUGGACGGACUGCCACUGCAGAGUUACCAGCACCACUACCUACACAGGAAGAUAGCCAUGGUAGGCCAGGAGCCUGUUCUGUUCUCUGGGUCCGUCAAGGACAACAUUGCCUACGGCCUGGCAGACUGCUCUCUGGAGAGGGUACAGGAAGCGGCUCGCAGAGCCAACGCCCACAGCUUCAUCAGCCAACUGGAGAAGGGUUACGACACAGAUGUAGGAGAGCGGGGUGGUCAGCUGUCCGGCGGUGAGAAGCAGCGUAUCGCCAUCGCCAGAGCUCUGAUCAGAGAGCCACAGGUCCUCAUCCUGGACGAGGUCACCAGCGCACUGGACACGGAGAGCGAACACAUGGUCCAGGAGGCCCUGGCUAGCUGCCCCUCCCAGACCCUGCUGGUGAUUGCUCACAGGCUGAAGACCAUUGAGAGGGCAGAUCAGAUAAUUCUGAUUGACCAGGGGACUGUACAGGAGCAGGGCACUCACCAGGAGUUGAUGGACAGGAAGGGGAGCUACUACAAACUAAAAGAGAGACUCUUCACCGAAGACGACGUGCCACAUUGACAAAACAAUGCUACUGUUUGAACUGUAAAUAGUGAUGUCAUUUUCUCACUCUCUCUGACCAAUACUCACUUCCUCCCAAUAUACUGUAAACCACAUGUACAGUACAUCAAAUUUAUGUAAAUAUUGAAUAUAGUUAGAUUUAGGGGGGUUUCGUAAGAGAUGGACACUUCUGUUGGUGCCAUUUUGUUAUCUUGUAUGAGUGGUUUUGAUUUGAUUUUAUUGUAUUGUAUUCUUCCUAUUCUAUUUCUUAAUGUUUGAAUAAUGCAUUUUGAUUUAAUGUUUAUGAUGUUCUGGAGCAAAAGUCUAUUACGUUGCCUACCCAAGAGCAUAAAUCAUCUAUUAAACAUUUAAAUCUUUUGCUAAACCACA